UCCGCAUAUUGUUCCCCUUUCCUUGCAUUCUUUGCCAAGAAAUAAACGUAAACGAGUUCCCUCAGAUUCCAGAUUGACUUUAGGCAUGUAUAUAUAAGAGGCUAGCAAGUAUGAAGACGCAGGACAUCAGCCAUAGAUCAAGAAAACCGCCCGCCGGCCUAGAUCCAAUAGACAAAGCCGCUCGACCACAGGCUACGACGGCACCACUGGCAGGUCGAAAACAUCGAAAGGGCAACCGCUAUCGGCACCAUUGCGGCGCAUCGAGAUGGAUACUCUUAAUGACCGGAAUGAGUGUUUGUUAUACUAUUCUUGCAGCGGUGGGGUCUCCAGUCAGGCUUUCUUCGUUUUUGCUCAGUAUGCUGCCUCGGCUCGUCAGUCCUGAACGCAAAGUGCCUCGAGUAGUGCGCUUGUCAAACAACGAUAACGACAGCGACCACCGCAUUUUUCUAAAGAAAUUCAACCCCAAAGAAAAAAUUGCAAAUUCUGUACGAUACAUAAAGAGGCCCAUGGCAAAUAGCGAUGACUUGUUACGGCUCAAAGACUCGGAUGAGUUUGAGCACGGGAUGGCCGACCGUUUUGAGACAUCAAAGUGCAAGGCUCAAUACGACUGGCAAAAAACUUCUUUUGUGAACUGCAACACAGUUCACGAAAUUGAUAUGGUAAAGCCAAUUUCGCUGGAUAUGAAGAUUGGCGAAGCUCGCCAUGUGGGUAAUGGCUUCUGGCGCGACGUAUGGUCUAUUCCAGAGGAGAUUACCAAUCAGUAUCGCGUUCUCAAAACAAUUCGCCUAGAGCAUGAGAUGACUCCCCGAAAUUUUGAGCGGCACCGUCGAGAUGCCAUGGCUAUGGAACGUCUAUCAUCGUCUCCAUUAGUGGUGGAUAUCUACGCCUUCUGCGGAAAUUCAGGAGUUUUUGAGUUUGCAGACGGCGGCGAUCUUUCGGAUACUCUAUGGCCAAAGCAACAAGCGAAGAGGGUAACCAAUAGUCUCAGCAAAAAGAAGAAGCUACGAAUUGCUACACAAAUUACGUCAGCUCUUGCUGCUGUGCACAAUUUCGAUAGGGAAGGAAGAGCAUCAGUGGCACACGCAGACAUCUCACUGAAUCAAUUUAUAAAAAUCAAUGGAAGAUUUAAGCUCAAUGAUUUUAAUCGAGCGCGAUUCCUCAGAUGGAAUUUAAAACAUGACCGAAUGUGCACUUUUCACGUUGGGAAUAACCCUGGCAAGAACCGAUCGCCCGAAGAGUACAGAUACGAAGGACAAACCGAAAAGAUUGAUGUUUAUUCACUCGGCAACUUGCUGUACAGUUUGCUACAGGACGAAAUGCCCUUUCAUGGAAUUGAUGAUGACGAAACACAGGAACUAGUAAAGAAAGGGGAGAGGCCCAGCGUCUAUGCUGAUUUGUGGAAUAGUACUGAUCCCGUCGAUCAAGUUCUAAAACAGACCAUGGUAAUGUGCCAUGAAGAAGAACAAGACAAACGAGCCAGCGCUAGGGAGGUUGAGGCUCUUUUGAAGGAUGCACUUCGGAUGGUGGAUCCACAGUGGAAGGUCACAGAUCCUAUCUAAUUGUAUCCUUUCGUUAUACUGACAUGAAAGUUUUUCAAUGCCACAAACUCAAGCAGCUUGCUUUCAGUGAGUCCCGGAGCACAAUCCUUUCAAUUGUCACAUACCUCUCGGGUCAAGUGGACUGCAAAUCAGCUUUUGACUCACUUCCUUAUCAUGGAGCUUCCUCUCAGCGUUUCCAAUUCCUUACGGACAGCAGCUAGGCGAGUACAUAUUUCUUGGGAAAUGAUGAAAUAGAAAACGUCUAUUGGAUGCGGGAGGACAAGGCUCUUGCCAGUUGGAUAUGGUCGUUGCUGCACUAUAAAGAUGACGACGAGGUAAUCGGAAACACUUAAAGCAUUGCACUGAUUUGACAGUGAAUACAUCUUUUUAUGUCAAUUCUGCUCACUCAUCGCUUUCAAGAUAUUGGGGACCUUAGUUUUUUCUCUCUCGAUAGCUAACUGUAAGUUCCUUCGUCCCACAGUUUUGGGCCGUUUUACGGAUCGAACCUGAGGAACAAAUUUAACCGUUUCAAUUAACAGU